GCGGAGCGCGGCCUCGCACUCCGGACUGCCCUAGUGGCGGCCCUCCGCGCGCGAGCAUCGACCUCGGCCACACCGGUCCGGCCCGGCUCCACCCCCCCCCCCCCAACUAGAAAAUCUCCAGCAACUCGCUCGGGCAGCCACAACCCACGCAGGGGGUGGGGGGGACGCUCGGCGAGUCACAACGCAGGGGCGACAUAACGAGCGAGAGGAGCGUGGAACUCGCAGGACGGCCAUGGUGCAGCAGGCGGGCGGCCGGAGCAUCAUGGAUCGCCCCGAGCAUGCGGCGGCUUCGCGCUCCGACUCCGAAGCCGAGGGCUCGGACCCCGGCUCCGUGGCCCCGGGGCCGCUGGUGGGGGUCCUCGGGACGGAGAGCGGCGCGCCGGGCCCCGGGUGGUGCAAGACGGCGAGCGGGCACAUCAAGCGGCCAAUGAACGCCUUCAUGGUGUGGUCGCAGAUCGAGCGGCGCAAGAUCAUGGAGCAGUCGCCCGACAUGCACAACGCGGAGAUCUCCAAGCGGCUGGGCCGCCGCUGGAAGCAGCUGAAGGAGAGCGAGAAGGUGCCCUUCAUCCGAGAGGCGGAGCGCUUGCGCCUCAAGCACAUGGCCGACUACCCGGACUACAAGUACCGGCCGCGCAAGAAAGCCAAGCUCGCCCAGCAGCAGCAGCAGCAGGGCAGCCCCAAGGGCACCCCCGCGGGCAGGAGCUCCAGCAGCAAGAAGAGCAGCGGCAAGGUGAAGGCACAGCAGCAGCAGCCAAAGAUGGGCUCCUCGCUGCUGAAGGAGGCGGCGGGAGGCAGAGUGAGGGUGGCCAAGCGGAGCCCCAAGGGCGCGGCGGGCGAGCGGGGCAAGGCGAGCGCCUCCGCCUCCUCCGCCUCGUCUCACGCCGCCGCCGGCGCCGCCGUGCCCUCGAGCCCGACCCUCAGCAUCCCCGGCGAGGCUGUGGAUCGCCUCAGCUUCUACGAGGAGUGUGGAGUCCCAGAGGGUCCCGCCGCUGCUGCUGCCGCCGCCACCGUCGGCGGCAGCAGCAGCAACUUGAGUUCAGCCAUCAUCAAGAGGGUCACCUCCCCGCCUUUAUCCACCACGUCGUCGUCGUCGUCGAGGUCCUUGUCCACCUCCACGGUGUCGUCUUCGUCUUGCUCCAGCGACGAGGACGACAUGUUCGACCUGGAGCUGGAGCUGGGCUCGUCGCCCGCCUCCCCGUCCAGCGUGGAUCUCAUCCUGGGCAGCCUGGGCGCGCUCGACCGCGAGGCGGACGCGCUGAGCACGGGCAGCUCCGGGGGGGGCUCCCACUUCGAGUUCCCAGACUACUGCACGCCCGAGGUGAGCGAGAUGAUCUCCGGGGAGUGGAUGGAAUCGAGCAUCGCCAACCUCGUGUUCACCUGCUGAAAGGGGGUGGGGGAAGGAUCAGCAGCAGCAGCAGCUCUUAUCAUCAGCAGUACCAGCAGCAGCACCAGCAGCAGCAGAAGCUAUGGAGAGCCAAGCUGCAAGCAAGGUAGCUCUGUGAACAUACCCCUAGCGAGCAAGGCGCGCAGCCAGCAGAGGAGAUGGUGGUUGGUGACAUAGUGGAGUAGAAGAUGAUAAGUUGGAGGAGCAGAGCGGGCGAGGUUGGAGCAGGAGGAUGAGGCUGGCGCAGUGCGCGCCUCUCCCCGCACUGCACGUGGACUCGAGUACGGCGUGGAGGAGGAGGAGGCGCUCUGUGCCCAUGCCUCGCAGCGAUGCCCGUCUCUCGCUAGAACUGUGUUCUCGCCUUACUGCUGGCCAGCCAGGGUCCCGCCUGCUGGGGAGUUGCGGCAGUGGGUUCUCCCAGGAGCCGGCAGCUUCCCCAGGGUCACCCCUUACCCCCGCCCCACACCCUCAACCCCUUCGCUCUCCAGGUCUCCUUCCCCCCCUCUCACUCGCCCUCCUCCUCCAGAGAAGGGACUGCCCCACCCCCCAAAGCAUACACCAGCCUCCCAUCCCAUCCAUCCCCGCUCAGCACCCCAUUUGCAGACCCUUGAUGAGUAACCCCCUUUCUGCCCCCCCCCUUUUCCCCGAAACAUUAACUCUCAGGAGCCAUUAGAUGGAGCCAACGCUGGGACCGUUUUUACAAGUGAAUAAUAAUAAUAAGUCAAGAUCCCAGCAAGGCGCCGUCUAUAUAGUUAAACUAUUUCAGGACCAAACCUCAACCACAUUCGCCGUAUGAACAGGACCUUUUGAGAAAUCGCGGACUGUUUUUAGAGGUCGAUGUUUGUCCCAUCGACUAACUAGCUUUUUUGUAGUCGUCUUUGGGCUAGGUAUAAAUAACCGUGUUAGAGCUGGUGGAGUGGUGGGUGGUAGGCUUUUUUGUAAGGAUGUUAUACCAUUGGCCGUUUGUGACUAUGGUAGUUUUACAAAAAUCCAUGAUCUAAAAAAGAACUCUAUAACUCUGGUAUUUCAUAUUCUGUAAGGGCUAGACACGAUGCCUUUACAACUCUCAACAGUCGAGUGCUUUGGCCAUUCCUGACCGUGGUAGUCACUUGGUUUGUUUUUAAUCGAUACAAAUCGUUUUCUUACUCCGCGUGUGCGAUUUUUAAUUGCGUGUUACGGGAAACCGUCAAAUGCCCUGAAUCAAAUGGCAAAUUUUCAGUCGCCUCCCCAUCAAUGGACGGAGUAGCUUACAACAGACAUGUAAUUCCUAUUUUUGCCUACUGAAAUGAUUAUUUAACGUGUACUGAUUUUUGUUUUUAUAUUACUUGUCGUUUUGUUUUGUAAAGGACUGUAAUAUGACGAUUUAACGCCACUGUACAAAACGCGGCUUUGUAUGAUCGGUGUCUCCCGUCCGUGUGUCGCUGUAUUUAAUGCGCCGAGUCCAUUGUGUGUGUGUGCGCUCCUCGCUUCACCAUUAUAGUCGCAACUUUGUGCAAUAUGUUAACACUGUAUUGUACUUUCUUAGACGAGCACUCUUGUACAAACAUUUUUUUACAAAAAAAUUUCAAUUUCGGUUUUCGUUGUUGUGUGUGUGUUCCUGCGAUGCACAAAUGCUCAGUCGGCUGACUGCUCCGUUUGUAGAUAAUUUAUUUCUGAGCGAAUAAAAAAAACGGCUGGACCUCACUUUGCUCGCAUGUCUAUGAGGGUUCAUUAUUUUUUCUUAACUGCAUGUUUGCAUAUGAGCGCCCCUUAGCUUGGCGAGAUGACGUUACGAGUUCUGCUUUAGGUUGGUCCAAAAGUGGGGCUUUCUACCCCCUCUCACCAUUGAAUACGUAGACAGGGCGCUAUGCAAUUAUUAAAGUAGCCUUGGCCUGCUCGCCUCCCCGUCACACUGGGUCAGAGUCCUGGUCAGGCACGUUCCAGAUCCACGUUUUGCCUCAACUCGCCCUGCCACCCACUUUUUGAAUGUGGUAGAUUGUAUCCGGUCCUCAAAGACGAAUGCACGUCUCUGGUUCGAUGGAUGGAUUUUUUUUGUAACGACGCAAGUUGUAAUAAUUACUAUAGGCAGUGGUGUGAUGUAGGUUCUAAAAAAAACCAACCCUUUGCAUGCGAAUUUAUAUUCGGGUGUCUGUCUAUCUCUCUUGCGUCUCAGGCCUCGGUUGCCUAAGUUGUGCCGAAGCUUACUUUGAAUAUUACGUAUGCCGUCCGUGGCAAGUUCUAGCAUCGCGUCGCCUUUUUUGAGCACUCACAUGUGCACGCGGUCAUAUGCUGUGAUGUCGUCCCACAACCUGGUUUACAGCCUUACGUGUGACGGCACGUGCGCGCACACAGCACAUCCAGCAGGCCAUCAUCACGGUGGCGGCACGUGCUUGCGUAGCCACACGGGAGAGUGAGUGUCCUUGCACCUAUAUAGCCUUUUUCGGGAGUUGUAUUCAGAAAGUAAAGUGGUCUCAUGGUUCUGGAAGCAGUUGCCUAACUUUAACAAAAAAAAAUAUCAAUGUACUGUCUGUGGCCUCAAACAGUGGAGCCCCCCUACCUCUGGUCGAAAACUCAAGGUUUGCCCACCCCUUGUUAAAAGGUUGAAGCAUAAUGUUUGUCUCUACCCCCUGAAAGGGUGUCCUAAAUAUUAGUCCUAUGUUGUGCUAUAUUCUGGACAUGCCUGUACGCUCGUUUUUUGUGUAAAGUGAAUAAAUAUUGGAAUAAAUAAUGAAGUCUGUUCAAGCUA